AUGGGAAAUUCUCUACUUCAAAUCAAUUCGCAACGAGCAGUAAGAGCGCCUGGCGAUGUAGCGGAAUAUGGAACAUUAAAAAAAUCAAGUAGCUUACGAGAAUAUAGUCGCAGUACAUCAUUAAUUACUAGUUGUAUAAAUAAUAAUAAUAUUCGACGAAAUAUUUCAAUUUCAAGGCCGAAAACAGUGCCGCCAACGGAUGCAGAAAUAAUUGAUACCCAUGCAUUACGUUGUGAAGUCUCAUCAUCGGAUAAAAAUGAAGGUGAACAAAAAUUAUUAAAGCAACUGGAUUAUAUUCAUUCUUGUGUACGAAAAGAUAAAGGACUGUUGGGUAUGAUGACGGAAAAUCUACAAAAUAAACAUAUAUUUUCCAAUGACGAACCAGAAAAUACACAUACAUUAGAUCAAACACCAGAUGAAUAUAAUAUGGAUUAUGAAUCUAUCUAUUUACAAACACCGGACGGAGAAUUCAUACAUGCCUAUUGGAUAUAUCAAACCGAAGAUGUCGACUCAACAAUGACUGUUUUAUAUUUUCACGGAGCAGGCGGAAAUAUUUCGCAUCGACUCGAAGUUCUACGACUUUUCUAUGAAAAUCUUCGUUGCAACAUUUUAAUUAUUGAUUAUAGAGGGUUCGGCAAAAGUUCGGGCGUUCCAUCUGAACUUGGUGUUUAUAUUGAUGCUCAAACAGCGUACGAUUAUUUAAUAUAUAAACAAGCUAUUUCGCCUGAAAAUAUCAUUGUCUUGGGCACGAGUCUUGGCGCAUCGGUUGCCAUUCAACUUGUUAGUGAUCCAUUAAAUCAAGUUAAAUUUGCUAUAUUCGAAAAUGCAUUUAUAUCCGUUCCUGAGAUAGCAAAAUAUUUUCUAACCUACGCUAAAAGUGUGAUUGGUAUAACUAAAUCUAUUGGCUUUCUGUAUUUAUUUGAUUCUCUACCGAAAGUACGUCGUAUAGAAUGUCCAUGUGUUUAUCUAGCUGGUUUACUGGAUCCUAUGAUUCCACCAUGGAUGUCGAAUACUUUAUAUAAUGAAACACGUUCAGCAAGUAAACGUCAAUUAUUUGAAUAUCCAUUUGGUAAACAUAACGAUCUGCCUAUAAUGAAAGACUACUUUGAAAAUAUACAAACAUUUAUUGAUGAAUUGCCAUUGAAAAAACUUGGAACAGAACAAUCGGUGCUUAGAUAA